AUGGCUCCAGCACCAGUUGCCUUUGCAACUGGUGGCGCGGUUGCUCCGUCGCCACAGUUGAUGAUUCGUCGCAAUUUUCCCGAAACAUGGUUGUGGCUUGAUCACUUUAGCAAUGAUAUUCUACAAAUCGGGCAAGUCCCAUUCAUUCAUACCCACGACUGCUUCAUACUCAACCACUUUCGCCCCUCUUGCAUUUCCAACGACGGGAAUACUCUCACCUAUCGCACUUCGAACGCAGUUUCCGGAAAGAUGGUUUUCUGGUGGGAUUUCGGGUUCGGAGGCGGUGGCGGCAUGUUCGAGGGUAAUUUCGCUGUGAUGGACUUAGCUGGACCGCCUCUACCACCAAUGGCAGGACCACCACCGCCGCCGCCUUCACCGAGUGCUCCGGUGACGGCAGAAAUACAAAUACGAUCGGAGUUUCCGGAAACGUGGAUUUGGGUAUCAUUUGACGCAGAGUGA